AUGCUCUUCCGUGCGGAGCAUGUCGGAGCCUACGAGCCCCAAGAGCCGUCAGAUCCGCCCCCGAUCAGCUCGAAGCAUCUCGCCGUUCUCCGCCCCGCGAGCACCUUUUCCAUGAGUGGAAGUGCUCAAACAAAAGCGCACGGCGUGGUCAUCAGCGCUAUGCCACUUUCCUCGCCCACGCCACCGGGCCUAUCAAGCGGGUCUUCGUCGCCUUCCAUCUCAUCGGUGGAUACCGCUGAAGGCCGUGUCGAGAUGGACGGUCUGGCGCCUGUUAUCACUGCCCGAGGACCGGUUGGAUCGCGAGCUGGAGAUUCGUCUUCGUCUUCGUCGUGGAAUACUGCCGCGCAGGCUCUUGAUGGCGUCGAUGGGCACGGUCGAAUGUAUGUGUGUCUUUUCCACUUGCUGGAUUGUCAUGAUUCCUUCGACGAUGAAAGCGAGUGGCGCACGCAUGUACUCAGUCACUUCCGCUCUCACCCGCCACCGUCGACGGCGCGGUGCCCGCUGUGUCCGGAUACGAACUUUGUGGAUGGGGACGCUGACUCGAUGACGCCUGUGGAGAGAGUGCUCGAGGAUCGAUCCAGAGAUCACGACCGUACUUCGAGGGAUGAUACCGAAGACCCUCCGGCUUGGGACCGCAUGCUCGACCACGUCGCGGUGGAACACUAUCAGCAAGGGCAGACGCUAGCGGGUAGCAGGCCGGAUUUUGAACUGAUGCGGUACCUAUAUGGCCGACGGGUCAUCUCUGAUGCUCAGUUCAAGGCUAUGCAACUUGCCCCGGCGCCGUCGAGCCCAGCAUAUCAUCGUUCGCAGGAUGGUGUGCGCGCUAGUAUCGGGUCAUCGGACGAGCCAUACUGCGCACCGUAUAGUCGUAGGAGAGAAGAGAGGAUCAGAGGGCAGCAGAGGGGGGUUUGCCUUGUUUGA